AUGGAGAAACCAGUAUCCAACAACUCAUGGAGUGGGUGGGACAUCAAAAGGUCAUGGGAUGAGUCACACAUGAAGGCAAUGCAUAGAAGCAACACGGAAGACCUUUACAGCUUCUGCAGUCUGCUUCAGACCACAGAGCGCCAUCAGAAACAGCAGGGUUCAACUGUUACAGAUGCUAAUGUGCUGGAACUUGCGCUGUUUAUCUUCAAUAGUGAUGGUUCAGCACAUAAUCAACUAACUUCUGACAAACAGAACGUGACGAACCAAAAGAACUCUGGUCCUGGUGAACUCCAGCACUCCCCUGACAGUUCAUACAACCUCCCCGCUUCAUGCUUGUCUCAAAGUUCAAUCAGCAGGCAGUGGGGCCAGAUUCGGGUUAACCCACUUUUCCAGACGCCCUGUGGCUGUCCUCCCCCACGCUGCCAUCAGUCACAGCUCGAUGGCCAGUCCCGUCCUCUGUCUUUUAUUAUUACACAUGAACACACUUGCUCUCAGGUGCAAGACCCUGUGAGAGGUGCAGGGGCAGGGGUGGGAAAGCCUCCACUCUUUAGGGAUGACAAACAUCUGUGUAAGCCAUCAAAACAGCUGCUGAGCUUUUCACUCUCUCUUUCCAAGCUCACCCCCACCGCUCGAACCGCUGUUUGUCUAACGCCCCCAAAGACUUGCAUUCAGCCCUCAAUGCGGGACAAGAGCAAACGAGAGAUUCAUCAUUGCAGGAAGUCGGAACUGAUCAAAGCACUACACGCUUCUUCCAAGUACAAUCAUUGCCUGGGUCGCAGGGUCUCCUCCUCACCGCCACUCUUCACAUGAGCCGAGAAAGUCGAGAUUGCGGUUCGCCGAAAGGAUAAUUACUUCGCCGGUCAUUAAUGCCGCUUCUCGGAGAGGGAGAUUGUUUUAAUAUUAAUGUCCAUGGGGAUAUGGAAUCAGAAACAUAGCUGGGCUUUGGCGCUCCAAACUGAGGGAGUGAGAAGAAUCUCUUUGAUUCUCCCCUGACUUUUACAGUCCAGCGACCACAUUGUUAUUCCUGAGUUGUUUGCUAAUGAGAUUUCCAGUCAAGUUGAAGCCAUGCCCCAUCUUAUGAAACUUAAGAUCGCCACUUCUUCCUUUUUCCCAAAAAAGGCAGCAGGACGCCAGAAGUCUAUCUCCUUGUCCCAUCAUUACACCAGAGAGGAGGGAUUCUACCAAGCGGGACACUUCUGCUAUUAGGGCAGGGGAGCAAUACAGUUUUCAAAAUUUCACAAUGUCUCAAAACUAUUUUUAUUCCAAUUGGUUUUGAUUUGAUUCUGAUUGAUGCUUGUU